UGGAAGUGGAAGCGUCGUCACAAGAUUUUCGGCAGCCAUAUUGUUAAUGGAUUUUAUCAUUCAAUUUCAUUCAUAUUUCGUCGCGCGAUGCGUACGUAAGUGCCUCAGCCGUCGAAAUUUUUGUUGCUUUUACCUUUUGUGUUAAUUAAAAAUAGUUGAAAACUGUGACUAUUGACUGUUACUUUGUGCAGAGUGGAGUUGUACAGUGAAUUGUGAGACAAGUCGCUUAUUUCGUUGUGAUAGUGGUUCGUCGAACUGAGCUUUCAUGAUUGGAUUACCGCGUAGCGAUAGAGAUAGAGAUCGAAUAACGGUGAAAAUUCGUAACAUGAAGAGGAGUUCGUCCAGGGAUAGUAUGCCGCGAUCGAAGAGAACACGCAGUAGUAUAGGCAGGUAUGACGACAGCUCCGACGAGCGCGUCACUCCUGAACGAGUUCGCCGUCGGGUCCGCUCGCCGAGCCCCCGGGGGCGUUAUGUGUCGCCCCAUCGCGAUGACUAUGUGAGGUCCCGUGACGUCAGAGAGGAUUCCGUUCGUCCUUAUUACAAAGUUUUAUGUGUCAGUGCACUUCACCCAAAAGCUUCAGAUGAAAUUGUCAAAGACACUCUUUACAGAGAAUACAAGAAAUUCGGAGACUUCAGCAUCAAAAUUUCCCACGAAUUAGAUGAGAGAGUUGCUUAUGUGUGCUUUCGCAGUGCGGAAGACGCCAGAGAUGCUAAACAUGCCAAGCCAAGGAUUAUUUUAUAUGAUAAAGUGGCUAUUGUUGACCCAGUUUAUGAACCAGUUCGUGCUGAAUAUAGAAGCCGACCAAGAAGCAUAACACCACCUGAUUAUGAGCGACCGUAUUCGUAUGCUUGGUCUCCAGUGCCUGAGAGACGUAGACCUCCUCCAGAUGACAGGGCCUAUGGUAUACCUCCAACUGUUCCUCCUCAUCAUAGAGAUUUUCGACCUCCCAUGCAUGAGUACCCUAUGGCUGGGCCUCAUGGUCCCCCAAUGCAUCACAGACCACCUAUGCAUCACCCACCACACCCUCAUUACAUGCCUCGCCCUUACAUGCCACGCCCCCACCACCCACCUUUUGAGAAAAUUGAGAAUAAGAAAGACAAAUUUCCCAACUAUUUGCACCAUGUCCAGCCAGAAGAUGAUCCAUUAGCUACUAGAACUCUCUUUGCUGGUAACUUGGAGAUAAACAUUUCAGAUGAAGAGCUAAGGCGCAUAUUUGGGCGCUAUGGUAUAGUGGAGGAUAUAGAUAUAAAACGCCCACCACCAGGUACUGGGAAUGCUUUUGCAUUUGUCCGCUAUCAAACUUUAGACAUGGCCCACAGGGCUAAAGUGGAACUUUCUGGCCAGUAUAUUGGCAAAUUCCAAUGUAAAAUAGGAUAUGGCAAGGCAACUCCUACUACACGUGUAUGGGUGGGUGGACUAGGUCCUUGGACAUCUGUUGCUCAAUUGGAGAGGGAAUUUGAUAGAUUUGGAGCAAUUAAAAAAAUUGAAUAUGCUAAAGGAGAACCUCAUGCUUACAUAUUGUAUGAUUCAAUUGAUGCAGCCCAGGCUGCUGUAAAAGAGAUGAGAGGUUUUCCACUAGGUGGUCCAGAAAGACGUUUACGAAUUGAUUUUGCUGAUGUCGGCACUGGGGGUCCUUAUAGACCAAAGCCUUAUGCACCGCCUGUUGGUGAAGAUGGUAGACCUGUUGAAGGUUAUGAAGGAUAUGAAGGUUGGGAAGAAGGUUAUGCAUAUGGAACCCCUGGAUACAGAGGCAGAGGUGGCCAUCGAGGUCGAGGGCGGGGAAUGUACCGAGGAGUUUAUCAUGGUUCAGGGGAUUAUCGUGAAGAAGAGUGGAGGCGUGCACCAGCUGAUGCAGAAUAUGAAGGACGUGUUCGACGUUCCGGUUCACGGGAACCGGGCGUGGAUCGCUCGCGGUCUCGUACGCCACGGCGUCGGUCUCCCGACAGUGACUCAGAUGGAUCCCCACGUCGUAGUGGUGGAAUGCUGGCAUCAGCUCGGACUUUACCAGAAGUGGUUCGCAAAGCCACUACUAUAUGGAAUGGUGCACUGAUCUUAAAGAAUUCCUUGUUCCCUACUAAGUUCCAUUUAACUGAUGGUGAUUCUGAGAUUAUUGAUAGUCUGAUGAAAGAUGAAGAUGGCAAAAAUCAGCUACGAAUCACACAAAGAUUACGUUUGGAUCAACCAAAACUAGAUGAUGUUCAAAAGCGCAUCGCAACCUCCAGUUCACAUGCUAUAUUCUUGGGUGUGGCAGGGUCUACGGCUUCUGUGACAAAUGAAGAUGCAAGUAUUCAAACUAGACCUAUGAGGAACUUGGUCUCCUACUUGAAACAGAAAGAAGCAGCAGGUGUGAUUUCCUUGCUUAACAAAGAAACAGAGGCAACAGGCGUGUUGUAUUCAUUCCCACCUUGUGAAUUCUCUACUGAACUUCUCAAGAGGACAUGUCACAACCUUACUGAGGAAAGUCUAAAGGAAGACCAUUUGGUGAUAGUAGUAGUGAGGGGUGGCUCAGCCUAGUAUGAACUUCUGAGCUCCCAAACUGGACAGGUCACUACUUGACCAAUGAGUUCAAUGGGAGAUCAGUAACAGUGGUGGUGAUGGGGGACACUAAUACCUAAUAUGAACUCUACUAGAUUUACACAUUAUGAGUUUACAUAACUAGACUAAGUUCUUUUUAAAAAAUUGUUGUCUUCGAUCUUCAUAUUUAACAAUAUGUAUACUUGUGAUGUGUAGUGAUGUGAGGUGUUGUUAAUCAAAAUUGUGAGUUUCACAUUACUUGUGCAAGUGCUGUGUUAGCCUUGUAGUGACGGCAAUAAUGUAUUUAUUGCUAAUAAAUGUAGAUAAACUAUAGUUUUGCUAGAAUUAGCAAAUAUUCAUUUUGAACAUUAAGUGUAUAUUCAUUAUGGACAAAGUUAUAGUGUAUUCUUUAUUCAGUGUAUGUUAGGUGAUGUGUAGUGUAAGUGUGUGAACUUGCAAAUAGAAUAUUUCAUCUUAUGAUGUAGUUUUUUUAAACCUUGUGAGUUGUGCUCAGGCCAGUGCAGUUGUUUAAACUAGUGAAUAGUAUGUGAUGUUGAAAUGUGCUCUCAGUGAUAAAUUGAUCACUUGAGUGAAAAUCAUGACUUAAAGUCACUGUUCAGUAACCAAGUGAAAAUGCUUCAAUCCAAAUAUAAUUCAGUGAAGCCUAGUGUUUGUGUUGUGGUCUAAAUAGACUGAACUAUGACAAUGAGUGUAGGUAGAUAUAGUGGUCCCUCAGAGGGCAGUUCCCCAGUGAUAUGUCUCAAAAUGUGAUCAGAAAUAAGGUGAACAGUUAGGUACGCAACCUUACUUAUUAUUUUCACCAUUUGGUAAGUAUGUGCUGGGUAUGGACACAUUCCUUUUGCUUUUAAACCUCCCUGCUAAAUGUGAUAUUAACUAGUUCUAGUCAUGCUAAUGUAGUCAUCAUGGAAUCUCUCAUAAUGUCAAUAAAGACAAAACAUUUAGGUACCUACUAAGACUGACAAGAUAGAUUUAAAAUCAGGUAUUGCAAUUGCAAAGUUGUUCCACUCUCAAUCAUAUCAUUUAGUAAUUUCACUUAAUUGUUAGUUAGCUAUUUACAUUAUCUAUGAAUUUUAAUUGGGUCAUUCUUCAAAUAUUUUUGUCCAAAUGUGUGUUUAAGUGGAUCAUAAUCAUUAAUAUUAAUUUUUGUGCUAUUUAUUAACAUGUUUUAAGGACAUCAUUACUGUGAUCAUUUACAUGUUAUAUUAAUCAGUAAUAUAUUGUCUUAAUGCCAUAAAAUUCUAUUGUUAAAUAACUUCAAUUGACCGAUAGUAAUGAAUUACUAUUAUGUAAUAAAACAAUAGUAAAUAAUGUAAACAGAUACCAAUAAUGUUGAGUCAUUAACUUCAGUAAUUUGGAAUGAUUCAUAAAUAACUUUCUUCAUAAAUACAUGUUAGAACAACUCGAAGGAAUUUGUUAUGGAAAAAUGUUUGCUUGAAUAAUGGUCCAUUUAAAUAUACUAGUUUCUACUUUCGUGAACAAGUUUACCUACUCCCUAACUAAUUUUAUAGUUGAACAUACAUUUAAAAAUAAAUUCACCACAGAAGUUAUAGGUACUUAUUCAUAAUAUUAUAUUUCGAUCCCUCAUUAUACUUAUCUAUUCAUUAUUCCGACUCGCUUCUAUUCAAUAAGAUGGGUAAGAUGUGACAAGGCUAAAAAUCAUGAAUUUUUUGGAGAUAUUAUGGAUAUCUGGUACCUACCUGGUGAAAUGUGAGCAUGGCAUAUCAUAAUAUGCAACCUUCGCCAUCAGCGAAUAAAAAGCCUUAAAUAUUGAAAUUAAACGAUAUUUUAUUUUGGGCUUCAUCAAAGGUGCAUAACAAAGAUUGCUAUUCAUUAUUUACCUAUAGCAAGAAUGUUCAUUAUUUUACCUUGUCUUGCCUCGCCUAUUUUAACAUAAACAGUGGAAAUUCCACAUACAUUUUAGGUAAUUAGAAUGUAGGUAAAUACGAGCUGCAAUAUGGCACGCACCUGCACGCAAUUUAGCUGGGAUACCAGUUCGGGAGCAAAUCCUGGAAGCAGCUUAUUGUUUUCAUUAACUGCGUAAGUAUUUACUUAUGAGAAUGGUAUUGGUUAUAUUGGUAAGUAAAAUUUUUCAAGUGAUUAAAAAGAUCCUUACUUAAUUCCUUUUAUGUAAUUUAAAUCUUUACUUAAGUGAGAAAUACUAAUUUUGCUUCUUUGGGCUUAGAAUAUCUAAAAGCAGAACAGUUCUUGUAAAAGGGCUCGUAAUAUGGAGGGCGCGUCGCCGCCAUGUUUGCAUUGAUUGAAUCAUGAUCAUGUUUGAUAAUAACAUUCUUUGGUUCCUACGUGUAGUACAAAUUAAAUUUCUACUAAUAAAACAAGCGUAAUAUUUUGCUCUAAAUAAUCAGAGUGUUUACUAACUAUACCGUUUGCGCUAUUUUGAUUUUUAUUUAUAGGAAGGUCCAAAGGUCAACGACACGAAGAUAAGUCCGCGUACAAUAGCAAUGUCGGUCAUACAUAACGGGUAUUUACUUGUAUUUUCUGUGGCUGUGAUUCAAUAAACGUUUCUUUUUAAAACUA